AUGCAACUUCACUGGCCAGUUCCCGUUUUUUCUGUAAUUUAUGAAUUUACAAAAGAUAAUAUAACAAAUCUAGAAAAAAAAUUGCUUGAUGGGAAUCACAUUCGAAGAAUAAUCGAAGAGGCCUAUUCUCACUGUUUGAAAGCAUAUAAAUAUGGAGAUAGACUAAAAGUAUCAUUAGCUGUUGAUGCAAUUGCCUUAGUUCCUGAAUCCUUAGAUUCUGUCAAGAAAUCAAUCGGCGCUGUUCCGACUGAAGGUCUUGAAUCCCAAAUGAGAGUCCAAAAAAUUGAAAAACAAGAAGCGGCAAAAAGUGACGAUAAAAAUAAAAAUUCAGAAGAUACGACAAAAAGUGACAACGAAGAAGAUGAUGAAUUUGAAAAAGAACAAAAAAAGAAACGCCGGUUAAAUAAUAUGUUCAUAUGUUAUUUAGAACCUUUUGAUGCAAAUUAUCCAUGCGUUCCCAUUCAUUUAAUCAUUUCAAAUAGUGGAGAAGCAAAUGAAGAUAUUAGAAAAGAAAUUCAACAAUUAAUUAAAAUUUUACGCGGGUCAGCCUAUGUAACUCUUGUUAAUUUCACAACAGAUGGUGAUCAAGGCCAUUAA